GAGCAGUUAAAGGGUGUGGCAUCACCAAGCCAACUUGGAAGACGAAAGGGUUCCGAAUGGUUCCGCGGCAGGCAGGAAGGAAGGAAGGAAGGGAAGAGGGUUAUGGAUGAGUGACGAAACGACUGUGUCGGGCCCAGGAUGGGAGAGCGGGACGGUGGGAAUGAAUCCGGGGCAAUUCCAAGGUAGUCGCAGUAGCAGACGCGGGUCGAUGGCGCAUUCACCCAGGCAAGCUGGAUGGUUUGCCAGGCCGUUAGACGUCUCCUGGCUGGCGGGCCCGCUGGGAUGCUGGACUGCCUCGAGCGCUGCCUCGGCCCCGAGCGCCUUGUACUAGUAAUGCUAUGGAUGGAUGUGAAAGCAGAGAUGCCCACUCAGUCCGGGACGCGGCUAGGCCACAAGCAACGGGGAUCGAUGAUGGUGCCGCCAGUGAUGAGAUCGACCAUGACCACUCAACACGCGCGCCGUCAUGGGGGCGUCCGGUGCUUAAAUGCAAUGCGCGGGACGGGUGUAAGGCAAGGAAGGCCGGCUGGAGCGGAGUCGCCGUUCGAUAAGCCGCAAAGAUACAGUCACCCUCAAGACGACGGCCAGUGGCUGUGGCAUCCAUCCUCACCGCUCGCACCAGAGAAUACGCAUACAUACGCGCCGCCCGCCUCGCCUCCUCUUUUGCCCCCGACGCCCCUCCGCCGCGACGCCUGCCCAGCUCCCAGCUCCCAGCUCCCAGCCUGCGCAGUUGUGUGGCACAGCAGCAAGCAGCGUCAACACCAGGCCUACCAAGGAAGACGCCUUGCUGCGCUGCACGCCGCGACUUGGCCUGAUGCCGAUGCUCCCAUCCGACUCGCCAUCAACCCCAUCACCCUCGGACAUGAACCCUUCCGCAGCGUGCAGGGUGCUGAGAACCGGAUUCAUCAGCUCUGUGUGUUAUCUCUGCGGCGCAUCAUGUCGACUUACCCCGCCAUUCCUACCCAAGGCUGA